CCUUAAACCUGAAUUCAGCCCAAGCAUAAGGGAACCUUGCCCCCCCCCCUUCUACAACACACAUAGCUCACUCAUUGUAUGUAAUCAAUCCCGUGCCAGAGGACAUAGUCUAUCCGAAUCCCUGUAACCUCCCUUUACCUCGAGAAGGUUUCUUCUUGACUCAUUAACACUUUGAGAAGCUAGGGUGGAUAACGAGAAGAGAAGAUGCUCUACAUACGGUGACAUGAGCUCAGAUAAGGCUACAUUAGCCACCAAUAGCAACAUUGAUGAAGACGAAGAUGUGAACCGGUUACCUCUUUUGUCGCUCAUUCGACAUCCAGAAACAAUCGCAAACAUUUCUCAUGUCUUGCAAGGUACAACUGAUUCUCCAUUAACUGUUACCGGUCAACAACAAGCUCGUAGGCUGAGUGAAAGGAUUGCAAAAUCAGUCAAUCUUACUUGGAAUUCUGAAGGUCAAAUGGUAAAUGCCAAACCGAUUCAUUGGAUAUUCAAUAGUGACGUUGUUCGAGCACAUGGGAAUACACUCUCACCUCUAUUGGUACCUGGCAGACCACCAACAAGCAUUUUGUCAUCACCCGCAGGUAGAGCUCGUCAUUUAGCCCAAUCAAUCGCAGAUGCAAUCCGAGAUGUUUCAACUUCAAAUGUCCACUUUGCCAAAGCGCAUGAGGAGAAAAAGUAUACAUACCCAGAGGUGAUCAUACGAGAGAGGAUAGCAGAGAGAUGUUUCGGACAACGUGAAGGUGUCGUCUAUUCUCGUGGACAAGUCAAACCGGUCAAGGAUAUUAUUGACCCAAAAGAUCGAUUAGGAUUGCAGUCUGAACCUCCACAAGUUUUUCAUCAAAGAGUAAAAGAUGAAUUUGAAUAUUUGAUAUCUCUUCUUCAAGAUCAUCAAAAUGAUACAAUACCACCUCAUUUUAUCGUCAUCACACAUGGCCUAUGGAUUAGAACAGCGCUUGAGAUCGCUUUUGGUCAAGUCAGACAACCUUUUACGCAAAAUACGGGAAUAUUCACUUUGGCAUUAUUGGACCGAUCCACCAGAGCUCUUUCAGCACGAUCGGAAGGAAUGAACUUGUUUGGAUUGGUCAGUCAAAAUGAUACGGCGCAUUUGAUCGGACUGAAAAGGCAACGUGGAGGGAUAGGAAAUAUGGCGAGUGAUCGUAAUCAGCAAACGUUACAGCAAAUUUGGCAAUCACCUCCAAAGACAACAAAGAGCAACAGUGAUGACAAGAGCAAAAAUGAACAAGAAGAUGAGAAAGAGGUAGAAGUGCCUGUUGCAGUAAAAGUUCAAGAAGUAGAGACUUCGAGACCGCAACAACGCCAAACACUCUCUGAUGGUUCUUCAGAAGAGAAGAAAAGUAGUACAAAGAGAUCACAAGAAUCCCACUCGCCAUCAAAGCACGGGAGCAAAAGGCAAAAGAAUCUAUUUCAAAUGUGGAAAUCAUAGACAGAUAGACAACUAG